AUGGGUCGUCUUGUCACCCUCGCAACUUGCUCCCUCAACCAGUGGGCUCUCGACUGGGAGGGCAACGCAGAGCGGAUCAUCGAGAGUAUCCGUCAAGCAAAGACUGCCGGAGCUACCCUUCGAGUUGGACCGGAACUUGAGAUUAGCGGCUAUGGAGUCCUAGACGGGUUCCUGGAGGGAGACACCUUCCUCCACUCGUGGGAAAUGCUUGCCCGUAUCAUUGACCACCCCGAUUGCCAGGAUAUUGUGGUGGAUGUAGGUAUGCCGGUUCGUCACAGGAACGUGCGGUAUAACUGCCGAGUUAUCUUUCAUAACCGCAAGAUCAUCUUGAUUCGACCGAAGAUGUGGCUUGCUAACGAUGGAAACUACCGAGAGAUGAGGCAUUUCACCCCGUGGCAGCGCCCCCAAGAAGUUGAGGACUACUAUCUAGAAUCGAUCGUUGGCAAGAUAACCGGGCAGUACAAGGUUCCCUUCGGCGACGCAGUGAUUAGCACGAGAGACACUUGCUUGGGGUUGGAGACGUGUGAGGAGCUGUUUACUCCUAAUGGUCCUCAUAUUCCAUAUGGGCUUGCUGGUGUUGAAAUCAUUUCGAACUCCUCCGGAAGUCAUCAUGAACUGAAGAAACUUGAUACACGCGUCAACCUCAUUACGCAGGCCACUAAGCUGCGGCGGAAUCUACCUAUAUGCAAACCAGCAAGGCUGCGAUGGCGACAGGUUGUACUACGACGGUUGUGCCAUGAUUGUCAUCAACGGCAACAUUGUAGCUCAAGGAUCUCAGUUCUCCCUCAACGAUGUGGAAGUCGUCACAGCAACAGUCGACAUCGAAGAGGUAUGACGUACCGCUCAUCGGCAAGCAGAAGCAUGCAAGCCAGCAAGCAAACGCCUUUUGUUCGUCUUGAUCUAGACAUACGACUAUCUCGCUCAGACGAGGACGCUGAUCCCGGUCUCGCUCCGUCUGACACACUCGUCCCCCGCUAUCACGCCCCGGAGGAGGAAAUCGCUCUCGGUCCUGCAUGCUGGCUAUGGGAUUAUCUGCGAAGAAGCGGUGCUGCCGGCUUCUUUCUCCCGCUCAGUGGUGGUAUCGACAGCUGCGCUACUGCAGUCAUCGUCCACUCCAUGUGCAGGGAAGUUAUCAAAGCUGUCUCACAAGGCAAUGAGCAGGUGAUCAAGGAUGUCCGCAGGCUUUGCGCAGAGCCAGAAGGCUCGAAAUGGAUUCCCACCACGAGUCAGGAAGUCUGCAACCGCAUCUUCCACACCAGCUUCAUGGGCACACAGAACUCUAGCAAAGAGACAAGAGAUAGAGCCAAGGGCCUCGCCACCGAAAUUGGGUCCUACCACAUCGAUUUCAACUUUGACACCGUCGUGACCGCUCUCACGAACCUCUUCACCAUCGUAACCAACUUUCAACCCAAGUUCAAGGUACACGGCGGUACUCGAGCAGAGAACCAGGCGCUCCAGAACAUCCAAGCCCGUUUGAGAAUGGUUCUCUCUUAUCUUUUUGCGUCGCUUCUUCCAACAGUCCGUCAGCGUCCAGGUGGCGGUGGUCUCCUUGUUCUGGCUUCGUCUAAUGUGGAUGAAUGUCUACGAGGCUACCUAACCAAAUACGACGCCAGCAGCGCAGACCUAAAUCCCAUCGGCUCUAUCUCGAAAGUCGACCUCAAAAAGUUCAUCUCCUGGGCCUCCUCGUCCUUCUCAAUGCCAAUCCUAACCUCCUUCCUAAACGCAACCCCCACGGCCGAACUCGAGCCCAUCACCGCCACCUAUGUGCAAUCCGACGAAGCCGACAUGGGCGUAACCUACGCUGAGCUCGGCACCUUUGGAUAUCUACGCAAAGUAUCCAAAUUGGGUCCUUGGUCCAUGUACGAACGGCUGCUGCACCUGUGGGGGAAUGAGUAUAGUCCGCGGGAGAUCUACGAGAAGACGCGCCACUUCUUUUAUAACUAUGCGAUCAAUCGCCAUAAGAUGACGGUGAUCACGCCGAGUUAUCAUGCCGAGCAGUAUUCGCCUGAUGAUAAUCGGCAUGAUUUGAGGCAGUUUCUUUAUCCGUCGUUUACGUGGGCCUAUAAGAAGAUGGAGGAUAGUGUGAAGUAUUGGGAGGCGAAGGGGUGGACUGCCGGUAAAGCCCAGAAGAAGAGUGUGAAGGCGGACUAG